UGAUUGGUUACAUUUCUAAAGCGGCGACUCUGAUAUCUUGUGAGCGUGUCGUUUUGUGGAUCUUUGCGACGAUUGACGAAAGCGCCGAAUAUCCUUCUACAUCGGGGCUAUAACAAUCUCUUAAAAUGGUGGUCGGCAGGACUUCCAAGAUGGUGCAGUACAUCAACUACAGGAUGAGAGUCAACCUGCAGGAUGGACGCACAUUCAUUGGCACAUUCCUUGCCUUUGACAAACACAUGAACAUCGUUCUUGGUGACUGUGAGGAGUUCAGGAAACUCCGAGCUAAGAGUGCCAAAGCCCCUGCCAAAGAGGAGAAGAGAGUACUAGGACUAGUCCUGCUCAGAGGAGAGCAUCUUGUUUCCAUGACAGUAGAAGGACCAGCAAAGGAUUCAGGUCCACGGGUACCCAUGCCCGGUGGUGGCAGUGGACCAGGCAUGGCCCGUGCAGCAGGGCGUGGUAUCCCCGCAGCCUCUGCCUCAAUGUCCGCACCAGCAGGACUGGCAGGACCAGUCAGGGGCGUCGGCGGCCCAUCACAAUCACAUAUGACACCUAUGGGUGGACCAGGAGGCUACCCUGGUCCAAGGGGACCACCUAGGGGACCCCCAGGCAUGGGACCACCUGGAAUGGGACCGCCCGGUAUGGGACCACCAGGGUUCCGAGGAGGACCCCCAAUGGGACGAGGUAUGCCCCCCAUGGGUAUGGGACCACCACCCGGCAUGAGAGGUCCCCCAAGAAAUUAGCGUUGAUUGUCCGUCUUCAUGUUUGUAAAUAGUUAAUAUCUUUUGUGAG